CUUCGACCAGAGUCAGUGGCAUCGUCAUGACUCCGUGGUGUUGUGUUUGGAGUCAUUCUUCACUGACGACCGACGGCAUUUACAUGUGUUCGCUAAUAUUUCGUAACUUUAUUUUAUUUCUUAUACUCGUCCGAAUGGUGCGGUAGUCCAAAAACAUGGAGCUAGAAGACACGAAUAUUACGAACUUUAAAACGAACGUAACGUUAGAUCAAGUGAUGGAUUUUUUUAACUUAAACCUUUCUAAUGUGAACCAAAGUGAAGUGUCACAAAUACAUUUGUUCGAUCUAUAUGAAGCGUACAAAACUAUUGAGAAGGAACAGCUAAUGGUGUACAAGUCUGUGGCUUACAUUAUCGGGACCCUCAUCAUUUUAAGCAACUUAACAGUUGUUAUAUCCAGCGGAUUGAUACUACGAAAAGGUCAACAACCAAAGAGCACCUAUCUCCUACUGGGAAAUGUUUCCCUCGCCGACACCAUCGUCGGGUUCUCUCUAAUUUUCGGAGUCACAGUGGACAACUCUGUGAGUUCCAACCCCUUGUGUAUCUUUCAAAUAGGUAUGUUAGUAUGUCCGGCAAUGGUCUCCAUCUUCAGUGUUGGUCUCAUCGCUGUAGACCGGUACAUCUAUAUCCUUCACGGUCUAUAUUAUCAACGAUGGUUCAACACCACUCGAGUCAGAAUCGGAAUACUUUGCAUUUGGAUGAUCGGUAUAACUCUUGGAUUCAUGCCAGCAACUGGAUGGACUAACACAGAGUUGAUCGUCACUCGUUGUUACUACGUCUCUCUCUUCCCCGGCACUCUUAUACUUAUCAAUUCCUUCCUAAGCAUUGUACCAAUCAUGGUAGUCAUCGUGCUAUACACCAUUAUUCUAAUUAAAGCCUUAAAAACAGUCAAUGUUCUAAACAAAAGUGCCAAAAAUAGUAAAGCGUACAGAGAAAAUAUGAAUUUUAGAAUCUCUCGUGGUAAAGCCAACAAUAUUCCGAUUUCCCAACCGAUUGAAGUGAUCGAAAAUAAAUCAACACCUAAACUUACCAAGAGUGCAUCCUAUAAUAAUAAUGUGUAUGGAAGUGGAGAUGGAAUUAUUACAAAACCGACCUUAACGACUAAAUCUCAAAGUAACCAUGAACUCGGUCGUACCCAAACGAUGUCGGCAAAUAACUUUGAAAAUAUUGGCAAUCGAAGUAAAUCUCAGAGUGAGUCAAUGUUUAGCAUUUGUACAAUUCAAUCUCAGGGGUCCAAUCUUGAUGUCUCAAUGCCAAAUCUUAAACCUUCAAGGUUUCAAAAUCAAGUGAGAAAAAUUUGUAACGUAAAUGCUCUUUCGCGAAAGCCAAAAGAGCCAAACAAAUGGAGAGCCAUUACUAUAGUAAUGUUAACUUCUGGAAGUUUCGUAAUCACCUGGAUGCCAUUUUUCAUUUGUGUGACAGUGUUUGUCUUUUGUGAAGACAAGUUGACAAAUCCUAGAUGUAUGUAUAUUAGGACCCUACUUGGAGGUCCUCUAGCGACUCUUGCCUUCUUAAAUAGUAUAUUGAACCCCUUAAUUUACGCGUGGUGGCACAAAGGUUUUCAAGAGUCCGUUAAAAACUAUUAUAGAGUAUUUGUAUUAAAUUGUAUUUGUAAGAUCAGUAGAUAGUGCUAUUUAGUAAUAGUUGUUAGGAUUCUCAAUUAUUAUUUAUUCAAAGUUAAAAAUAAAUUUAUCCAUGACAAUAUCACAGAGCUCUCUAAUUGUGUUGUUGAUAAUUUUGUGGAAUGGAG